AUGGCAACCACUGCUCCAAAUAAAAAAUUCUCAAGCCAUUCUCGUUCCGUUAGUUUGCCUUCUUCAUCUCACCCUCUUAUCUUGACUGCCGAGGAACAUCUACAAAGAUUGAAGUCAUCAGAAGCAGCACCCUCAACAUCGCAUUCAUUGGCAUGCCAAAGAUUGGAUGGCCUUAAGAACUUGUACGAGCUGGACGAUGUUCUUCAGCUUCCUUUGAGUCAACAGGCUUUCUCAAGUGAAAGACCCGGAAAAUGGGACGAAGAGGUCUUGGAUGGAUCUCUCAGGCUGUUGGACCUUUGUGGGGCAGUCAGAGACAUCUAUUCAGGGAUGAAGGAAAUUAUGCGGGAACUUGAGUCAUCUAUACGGAGGAAAAGAAGUGGAGAUUUGGCCCAUGAAGUCAGCUCAUAUAUGAUCUCCAAAAAGCACUUGAAGAAAAUGAUCAGCAAAAUCUACAAAGAACUUAAGAAAGCAGAGAACUGCAACUCAACAGUGGUAAACAAAGGCUCUGAAGAUGUCCCUUUGGUUAACUUGAUCAAAGAAGUUCAACUUGUUAGUCUUCCAGUGUUGGAGUAUGUUCUGUCUUUCCUUUCUGGAUCAAAGGCAGGAUCACAGCCAAAAGGUUGGUCCUUUGUAUCAAAAUUAUUAGAACAGAAGAGAGCAUCAAGCAAAGAAGAUUCUGAUAUUGCAGCAAUCAAACAAAUAGAAAUUCAGUUGGAUCUCUUGAACUACAAGAAGUCAAACCAGGAAGUAAUAAAAAAACUUGAGGAAGUUGACUCGAGCAUUGAAGAAUUAGCAGAGGUGCUUGAAAUUGUGUUCAGGCUUUUGCUAAAAACUAGAGUUUCCCUUCUUAACAUUCUCAACCAUUAG